AUGCGCGCUUCCACAGCCCUCGCGGCAACCGUUGCCAUGUCCGCCAACGCCGCCGCCGCCACCGAGAUCGCCGCCCACCCGUGGCUCGCCCCCGACGCCUCGGCCGUCCGCUCGCCCUGCCCGAUGCUCAACUCGCUCGCCAACCACGGCUACCUCGCGCGCGACGGCCGGGCCAUCAGCAUGGCGGACCUCAUCUCGGGCCUGGGCUCGGCGCUGCACUUCAACGAGAGCCUCGUGCGCACGCUCGGCACCCCCGCGUUCGCCACGUCGACGACGGGCGACCCGACCACCUUCAACCUCGACGACAUCGCCAAGCACAACGUCAUCGAGCACGACGGCAGCCUCUCGCGCGCCGACUUCGCCGUCACCGGCGACGCAAAGACCUUCAACCAGACCGUCUGGGCCGAGACCAGGGGCUACCUCGAGGCCGGCGCCGCGGCGUCGGCGGCGGCCAAGGUCGACACCCAGACCAUGGCGGCGGCGCGCAGCAAGCGCAUCGCCACGGCGCAGGCCACGAACCCGUCGUUCGGGCUGACGUCGAGCCAGGUCACCGUGUCGCUGGGCGAGUCGGCCGUGAUCCUCGGCACCAUCGGGCAGAGCUUCAGCGAGCCCGCGGCGCCGGUCGAGUGGCUGAGGGUCGUCUUCGAGCAGGAGCGCCUGCCGUUCGCCGAGGGAUGGACCACGUCCGAGACGGAGAUCACGACGGCGCAGGUCCUGAGCCUGUCGCAGCGCAUCGCCACCAGCGGCAGCAGCUAG